AUGACCACGUUCACUCGGCGCCGAGUAGGCUUGCCGUCGGCAGCGGGCAGCCCACUCGAAACCCUCCCGGAGGAGCUACUGCAGCUCAUCGCCGUCCACCUCUCCGUCCCCGACCUCAAAAGUACCGCUCUCGCCUCUCACAACCUACACCGCCACGCGUCCGACCUCCUCUGGCAGAAUGUAUGCUUGGUGGACAAGCAGACACUGCACUCGCACCAUGAAACGGACGCACCAUGGGCCGAGCGAGGAAGCGGCGAGACUGAUGAGCACGACGAUACUCCCAUCAUCGAGAAAUUGCAUCUCCUGGCUACGAAUCCCGCACUGGCCUCGAAGGUUCAGACCCUCACACACCGCUGCCACCUGCCCACGCCCAACAUAUUCGCCGAGCUGCCGCGCAUGCACUUCGAUGCCGACCAUCUUUCCACCCAUCCAAGGCUCCACAUGCUGCUCCGCCUGGCCAUCCGCAACCUGGUCAACGUGCACACGCUACGCAUCGUAUACGGACAUUGGCACUUGACGACCGCCCUUAUCUCGGGCUUCCUGGACCCGCAGCGACCGCGUAAGGUUCCACUCCGAAAGCUGUGGCUAGAGAGUUGUGCCUUCCAUGUGCGUCAUGUCCACUUCCCGCACUCGGCCCCCGUCACUGGGCUGGAGUCGAUCCGACUACGCCGUCUCCGAGCAGACACACGAACCGCGGGAAGCAGACAUGACAUGUCUUUCGGAGACAUGAAGCUUGCGCGAGGAGGUCACUACUAUCAGAUGCAUAACGGCGCAGGCGCUUGGCUCGGCACCACAGUCGUUUUCUCGCGCGAAGGCCUUCCAGAUCAGCUAGCGAUGCCUACGCCAGAAGAGCUGGCGGAGAAAGGAAGAAAAUUUGACGAUGCCAUUUGGGCAGAGCUUUCGCAUAUAGCAGAAUUUGUUGACGACCAUCCUAUCGACAUCGACCUAAGAGCCUCCUCUCCGAUCGUACAACCAAUGCAAUGGCUGUUUCAAUUCUCGCAGUCGACUUUGACCAGACUCGAUCUGGAUUGGAUCCUCUGGCGGCAACGGGAUCUCCAUGAUGCUCACGAUGGAUCGAGUGAAUUCCUGGUCAAUCUCUCCUACAUGAGGUUCCCCAAUCUAGUCGCUCUUCAGAUGCGUAAUGCUGUGCUGCCGCUUACUAAGCUACCCGAUGAUGUGUUCCUUCUGGAAGACACAUUUCUCGGCUUCCUCGAAGCACAUCCCAAAAUCAAGUGUCUUGCCUGGCCGCUUGACAAGUUCUACAGCCAUAGGAAACCCUCGAUUAACGUUCAGAGCAGCUGUCGAAAAUUGAUAGCCCAUUUGGCCAUGGUUUUGACUGACCUUCGCCUUGACACUUACUACGCAGGCAACGGAGAGCCCACGACAGACGACAAUAACACCACCGAGGCUACCCAGCAGCGCAUCCGGCGUAGGAGGUUCAUCGCUGAGUUCGCCCCACAUAUGCGCAGAAUCAAGCAGGUCAAGCUCGAAGGUGGCAUACCCCGAGACGAGAAACGUGAGAUCCUUCGUGCAUUACACUACUGUCCACUGGAGAAGGUUGUCUUCAUCGGCGUCUCCUUCCCCGUAGGUAACACAUGGGGCCACCAAGGUGCACGGCUCAAGCUACUUGACACCGGUCACGCCUCAGACUUCACUUAUGACCUCGAAGAAGAGGACAGCGACGGCAUGCUCCAAGCCUACAAACGCCGCCAAUACGUGCCCGAGGACUUCGUCUUUGAGCCUGAAUAUGGCUGGGGAGCUGAGGCACCUCUUCUGCAUACUCUGGCCCUGCACCAUGCGGACACAGUCCAAGAGCUCAAAAUCUGCGGUUACAACGGUUGCCCGAUUCUCUCGUACCUGACGCCAGACACGACACCCCUCUUGGCGCCGCUGAUGCAAUACCAGAACUUGCGCCAAAUUGUAGUAAGCUUCUGGCUGCUGACUUUCUUCGAGGGCUCCUAUAGGGAUAUGGAGAUUGUGCAAAGUUGGCUAGACACUCGUUCGCCUUCCAGCACCGCACUUGUCGUUGUCACGCCUCCGCGGAGCCCAGAGCGCGAACACCCCGUGGACGGCGCCAUGAUGCCAGCCCCCAACCCCGUUGCGCCGCGGCCACAAUUCAACCGUUGGGCUGUGGCGCUCAAAACGCGCUUCACACCUUCUGCGUUGGCGUAUCGGGUGGCCAGCGAUAUUGGCCCCUUCCUCAGCCCCGUCGCAAAGGCACGGCCAGGCGGCGUGAGAGUGAGAGCUAGCUUCUGUCUCGGAGCACGGGAAGCAAACCGAGUGGCAAACGACAUAUUCGAUCUGGAUAUGAGGAUCGGAAGAGACGAUGCCGUGUUGGAGUUUGUAGGACCAAGGGAGGAAGGCGAGAAAGGGAGAUGGUGGUCGAAGAUGGAGGGGAGGCAGUGGUUCUGA